CAGUGUGUCCACCAGCAAACUGCAGGGUACCACACUUCUCACCCAGGCUAUUCCGGAAGAAAACACUAUCCAAAUCCUGUGCACUGACAUCCUGCAAUGUCUGGACACCUCAGUCACUGGAAUGACCCAAGUGUUAUGGCCAAGGCUUCUCGAAUAUGUGGUGCCAGCUCAGUACACUGGUACUUUGAAGCCUCUCUGCAGAUGCCUUAGGGAGCUGGCUGAGAAAAAGCAGCAGGAAGGAGAAGAAGCUGCUUCCCUCGACUACGGUGGACCAGUGAAACUCCCUACACCCCAGGGGCUGCUGGCACGACUUCUGGUAGUAGCCUCGUCCCCUUAUGCAGGAGAAGGACACGGAUGUGCUGCCUUGCAGUUACUACAGGCCCUGCACCAAAAUAUCCAUGCAGCAGUGGGUGAGACGUGGGUAGUAAAGAUCCCAUCUCUGGUGCAGUACAUUGAAGGAAACACAGAGAAUUCCCUGGACCACGCGCGGUGGGAGCACAUGCUGCUUCAGUUCCUAAGAACAUCUCUGGCGAUGAUAGACGACAGUGCCUGGAGCAGCCACAUAAGCCUUGAGUUGAACCAGCAGAUGGCCAGCUAUACCAGCCCUUCCCAUGAGAAGAGUUUCCUGUAUAAGGCGCUAGGAACGUCCUUAGCAGUUUGUCAGGACCUGGGCCACGUUAAAUCCCAGCUUCAUAAAUUUUUGACAACAACAGAUUAUAUGGAUGUCCCUGAGACACAGGGAGUCAUUUCCAUCCUCGCAUUCUCUGCUGAGAGCCACUUGGACCUCACCUGA